UACCCAAUAUCGGGAAGUGUGGAUGUAAUUGGCGAUAUUGGCUAAAAAUUGUUAGCCAAUAGGCCAGACGGGGCCUUUAUUCGGCUAUUUUAAUUAAUGUUCUAGUAAACUUGACUUCCAAGUAUGUGCUUUAAUUUAUUAGGAUAAGAGCUAAAUUUGAAACAAUUUAUUUAUGAAAUUAUUCUGUAAAAUUUUUGUAAAUAUCAACUCCUUUUUAAAUGUCAUGUUCACAUUUGUGAAAUCGAAAAUUCGGAAUUUUCAUUAUUGCUUUUAUAACAUAGUAAACCUAUCCGAUGAAAUAUUGUGAUUUGACGAUUAUAUGUAGAUAAAAUUAGUUCAAUCUACUAAUUCUUUAUUAUAUUCGAAGUUUCUAUAAGCCAAAAUAGCCAUCUACAUGCGGUUACAUUCGGCGGAAUGACUUCAUCGAGAAGAGACUUUGUUUUUAAACCUUUUAAGGUUAUUGAAGUUAAGUUUCGUAGUGCAGAAUGUCCCAGACCCCGAAGUGGACAUAGAAUAGCAUGCGAUGACGUAAAUAUCUACUGUUUUGGCGGUUAUAACCCUUCACUCCCUCGUACAAGUGUCCAGAGAGAAAAUCCGACUUGGACACCGGAGCGACCGCUUUUUAAAGAGCUCUGGAGUUAUUCGAUAGCAACUCGCAGAUGGACGGAACAUGAAGUCGUGGAGAAUAUGCCUGAAGAGUUAGCAUCUAAUGCUAUGUGUAUGAAUGGGCGAUAUUUGAUGAUAUUUGGAGGGACUGGUGCACCAUUUGGUAACAAGUGUAGUAAUGAUGUGAUUGCUUGGAAGGCGAGUCCAGGUGAUGCAAAGCUGUUAGUGUUGGAAGCGACAGGUUCAAAGCCACCAGGACAAUAUGGGCAGGCCAUAUUAUGUCAUGAUGGAUAUUUCUAUACUAUUGGCGGCACCAAUGGCUUUGCUUACAACAGUGAUAUAUACAGAUUAGAUCUCCGAACAUUGGUCUGGGAGUCAGUUUUUGUAGGUACCGGAGGUGAAGAAGAGCCUAUAGGAAGGUACAGGCAUGAAGUGGCUAGAGUUGAUGACCAAUUAUACAUAAUAGGGGGUGGGACAGGUGAAUGGGCCUUUGAACUAAUGGAGAUACCAGUGUUUGACGUCCAAACUAGAACUUGGUCUAUGUUAACACCUAAAGCUGAUGACACCCAGGGAGUUGCAGUAGCCCCUUUACCACGAAAAUGUCACAGUGCUGUCCAGAUAGACACACCAACCGGUGUUCAAGUAUUUGUAGCAGGAGGAUCUGAUGGAAAUUCUGUGUUCGAAGAUAUAUGGAAGCUUAAUCUGUCAGAAAUGCAAUGGUACAAAAUGCAUAAGACUGUGUUACCAAACCCUCUAUAUUUUCAUUCAUCAACAGUAACUUCGCAAGGUUGCAUGUAUGUAUUUGGAGGCAUUGAGCCUAAAGAGGAUGCGGCUAGUAGAAAUAAUAUUUUGUAUAAAGUUUGGCUUUGCAUACCAAAAUUGAGUGAGAUUUGUUGGGAGGCUAUGUUGCAUUUAUAUCCAACUCUAGAUUCUAUGCCUAGGGCAAGGCUACUAGACAUGGGUAUACCUGUUCACUUGGUGGACAGGUUAUGUCCGGAAUAUUAAUUUAUUUAGCAUUUAUUGUCUGAGCAUUUUGUGACUUGAAAGUCCAUGUCAUGUUAUUAGGCCAUGUCUGUCACUUUUGUGACAAAAUGUAUGAUCUUUAACAUUGACGAUCACGCAUCUGACUCUCUCAAGAAAGCAGAUAGCUUUUUAAAAUUUUCGAUGUUGGCACUAAGCGGUGUCACGUAAACGAAUUCGAGCCAAUCGUGCAGUCUAACACAUCAUGGGAAUGGAUCCCAUCCCAAUACACACAACUCUUGUUCCACGGAACGGCGCUAAGUAAAUUUUGGGCGACCAUGUUUCCGUUUGCCGCGCGCGCACCUUGUAUGUCAUAUGUAUUAUUAAAAAAAAAUUAAAACUAAAAACUACAAAACACAUUCUGGUUGCGAUAGUUGCGAUGCCUUACGCAGCAUCAAGGAGCCGGCCGCAGAACCGCUGGAACGUGACACCCUUCGGCCAAAACUCCUCCUUGUUGAAGGUCCCUAUUGACGUUCAGUCGGAACGCCUAGUUUUGCAGUGUAGAAGCCCUCAAGUUAUUAUGGGUAACAAAAUAUGCUUCACGCCGAUUCGUGUCAAGCAUAAGCAAACGAAAUGCGAUAUGCAAAUAUCGAAAAUGCGAGUGUAUGAAUUCGAUUGAUUUCAUACACGCGCAAUGUAAACAUAAGUAGGUACCUAAGCGAGCUAUAACGCACACAAAAUACGUUAAUUUGGCUAGGAGAGCCAAAUUAUUAAUUAAACCUGAGGCUCUAUAGCGAAAAAUGAUAGUCGAAAUUUUGUUAUCUGUCUCUCUAACGCUCUUGCACAUCCGAGCAGGGAUAGAGAGGCAGAUAAAAAGAAAUAUUUUCCUAUUUUCGCGGUAGGCCCUCUGAGGGGUAACUAUGACGAGUCUUGCUUUUCAGUUUCAUUUCUUUUGAUUUUGAUAAAUAGAAAAUAUAUGUGUUCUGCCUAUCAUAAUAAAAUAAUACUUAAUGCUUUUUUAUUUAUUACGUAAAUAUGACUUGAACUCAAAGUUCAAAGCUCAUUUUAACUUAAUGCUGAUUUAGUACAUUAUUGUAAGUAUAUUGAUGAUUUUGAGGUCUAUCAUGUUUAUGUACCCAUGCAUUAUCCAGAAAUAUACCAUUUUUGGUACUUACUGAAA